ACCAAGGUCAGCUAGUUAACAUGGCGCCUUGUGCUGAUGUGUGCAGUGGGUUGAAUCCGUAAUUUUCCCUCAGAAAUAAGUUUUCUUUGAUGUAGAAACUCGCAAAAAUCGUUAAUACAUUAUCUCCUGUAGUGGCUUAGGCUUUAUUUUGAAGAAGACGGAACGACUUAAUACUCCGAAAAGAUGGUCGACUGCAAGUGCUGCAAGAAUUUGUUUGGAUUCGCUGCCUCCCGUCCUCCUUGUGUUGUUUUUACUGUCUGCCUAGCGGCUUUCGCCAUUGGUUUGUUUUCUCUCGGCUACUUCGUUCAGAUGUACGGCUGGUUUAACACAGACGAUGUCCACAAGAAGGAAUGGCAUUCUUUCUUAGAUCACUUGGGUUCCUCUGAAUUUUGUAUCUUUGAAAAUCAAACUUUUUUGUCCAAUGUCACUGAAGUAAACUCAACCAACGUUACUGGCCCUACUCCUGCUGGGUUUACAACUGUGACUAUACCAGUGCUUCAUCUUUCUGUGUUUCCUUCGGAUGAUUCUACUGCAGUGGUCAACAAUGUAACUCAUGUUACAGCAGAAAUGCCAGCAACGCAACUUGGUCUAAAAGGUCUCCCGGAGAACUUUGUUGUCAACAUCACAUUGUUUUUUCUUCAACCAUCAUUCCUGGACUGCCAUAAAAAUAAAUGCUUAUCAAAGUACCUGGAGGCAUGCGGAUCAGUUACUGUACCGACUGAUAUCGUCCCAGAUCACUUGUCCAGAAGCACUUGCAACGCGACAUCUGUUAGCAACAUAAACAUUGCACAAAUGGUGGUCAUUGCGACACAUGCAAGAACAGUGGAACAAGAAAGGAAACUGUGUUCCACCGGAAUAAAGGUUGAAACAAGUGUGCCUGUGAACAACCAGCAUACUACAACUGCGACAAUGACCUUGGUUGAUGCUUCAGCAGUCAACCUAAGGCUUCAGUACUCCAGUUACUUCUUGUUUGUUAUGGUGAUCACUUGCGUGCUUUAUGGAAUGAUCAAAGGGAGACCAGUGAAACAGAAUUAUAAUAAAAAGGCAAACCUUCCACUGUGAUGUACAUAUAAGAUGAGCAGACCAUUCAAUUUGACGUCAAAUCAUCACACAUUCAUUGUUUGCAUGUUCAUGGUGAUGCAGUCCUAUACAUACUGUAUAGAUAUUCCACACCUGUAAAUAGUUUUGCACUGUGUUAUUGUGGGCAUUCAGAUUGUUUACUACAGUUGCUAAAUAAUAUUCCUGUUGUAAACAAUAUUUGCAUGUUUCCCCAUGAGCAAGUCAGUGGCAAGAUUUGCUAACCCAGGAUUAAUUUCUUUUUAUCGACAUUAACAUGGCAGGGGAAGCAUAAAAAGGUUGUUAGCUUCCUAAUUAGAUUCUAAUAAGCCUGGAAGAAAAAGGCACUUUUUUCUGCUCUUGAAGCAGUAAUAAUUGUUUUAGGCCUGCUUUAAUUGUUGCACUUUUCUUGAACUUAUUGCUAUCAGAGGCUGUUGUACACAAAUUAUGAUUAACUAUGUCUGUAUCAACAUCAUGCUAGAGUUACAUGGUAUGAUUGUUCCUCUGUAGAUUUUAGAUGGCUCUGGUUUGACACAUACACUUCAGCUGAAUUUGGUGACAUACCAGAAUUAUGUUUCAGUUUUGUAGUUGGAUUUUUCAAAGAUCUAAAAUUUAGAUAACAAGUAUUGGCAUUCACAUGACUGAUUUCAAUUUGAUUUUGGCUCAGCUGCUCAUAGGGUUACAGUGGAGAUUUUUUUAACUAUAUACUUGUAUUACUGUUGACAUUUCUAUGAAGUAAAUAUGUCAAUUUCCGUAUUUAAUUUAAUAUUUUAGCUGUUGUUUAAUCUGAGUGAAUAAAUGCAAAUAAAGAUUUUCAGGAUUGAC